UCAACCAAUCAUAUUUGAGCAUCCGCUGACGCAGUCGAGCAGUAUUGUAUGAGUUCAGUGAUUCCACUAAAUUGUGUAGUCACCCUACACUGGAAACCGGCCGUUCACCAGUGAAGUGUCGUUUGAAGUUUUAUUUUGUGACAAUUCUACUUCAACGUCUUCACAAUGUCUAUUAUGUCAUACAAUGGCGGGGCUGUCAUGGCCAUGCGGGGCAAGAACUGUGUGGCCAUCGCAUCGGAUCGGAGGUUUGGCAUACAGGCUCAGACGGUCACAACGGAUUUCCAGAAGAUCUUCCCCAUGGGUGAGAGGCUCUACAUUGGUCUAGCCGGGCUUGCCACAGAUGUUCAGACGGUAUCCCAGAGGCUGAAAUUCCGAUUGAAUCUGUACGAGCUGAAGGAGGGUCGCCAGAUCAAACCCAAGACCUUCAUGAGCAUGGUGUCCAACCUGUUGUAUGAAAGAAGGUUCGGGCCAUACUACAUCGAGCCCGUCAUCGCCGGACUGGAUCCGAAAACCUUUGAGCCGUUCAUCUGCUCCCUGGAUCUGAUCGGCUGUCCCAUGGUGACGGAGGACUUUGUGGUGAGCGGGACCUGCUCGGAGCAGAUGUACGGCAUGUGUGAGUCUCUGUGGGAGCCCGACAUGGAGCCGGAAGAUCUGUUUGAGACCAUCUCCCAGGCCAUGCUGAAUGCAGUCGACCGUGAUGCAGUGUCUGGAAUGGGUGUUGUAGUACACGUCAUUGAGAAAGAUAAGAUCACCUCAAGAACACUGAAGGCCAGGAUGGAUUAAAACCGCACCAUCAACUCUGCUUUUGUAUGAAAACGCUUGUACUGAUUUUUCUUGCCAUUGUACAAUAAACACUCUGAGGUAAA